AUGACGUCUGUUUCCCGUUGUUCUUGCCUGGCGCUUCUCUCGGCGUGCCGGCGCGCAGCUCCGCCUCUCCUGGCGGCGCGGCCUGCCGCCUGCGCGGCGGCGUCCGCCUCUGCGGCCUUCCUGCCGAGUCGCGGCUUCGCGAGCGCCACUGGCGGAAAGUACGACGUCGUCGUCGUUGGAGGAGGCCCCGGCGGGUACGUGGCGGCGAUCAAGGCUGCGCAGCUCGGCCUGAAAACCGCGUGCGUCGAGAAGCGCGGCAGCUUGGGCGGAACCUGCCUCAACGUCGGAUGCAUACCCUCCAAAGCUGUCCUCAACAUCAGCAACAAAUACGUGGAAGCGCGCGACCACUUCGAUAAAUUUGGAAUUACCCUGGAGAACUUGCGCAUCGACAUCGGCAAGAUGCAGCAGCAGAAAGAGAAAGUCGUCAAGACCCUCACGCAAGGCAUUGAGUUCCUCUUCAAGAAAAACGGAGUCGACUACUUCGCGGGCGAAGGCAAGCUCGCAGACAGCAACUCUGUGCUGGUGUCGCCGAACGACCAGUCCGGCGUGAAGAGUCUGGACGCGGGCAACAUCAUUCUUGCCACCGGAUCUGAGCCCGCGCCCCUGCCCGGCAACUCAGUCCCCAUCGAUGAAAAAGUCAUCCUCAGCUCCACAGGCGCGUUGUCCCUCACGAGCGUGCCCAAGCGCAUGGCUGUCAUCGGCGGAGGCGUAAUCGGCCUUGAAUUGGGCUCCGUCUGGAGAAACCUCGGCGCGGAAGUGACCGUCAUUGAGUUCCUCGACCGCCUGCUUCCCCCCGUUGACGGAGAAAUCGCGAGUGCCUUCCAGAAAGAGAUGGCGAAGAGCGGCAUCAAGUUCCAGCUCGGCACGAAGGUCGUCGGUGCUGACGUGCGUGACUCCUCCGCCACGCUCCACCUCGCACAGAGAAAACUCGGGUCUCUGCAAGCUUGUGUUUUUCUUCAGAUGGAGACCGACGUGGUCCUCGUCGCUGUGGGCAGACGCCCCUACACGAGAAACCUCGGCUUGGAGGAGUUGGGCAUUGAGACCGACCGCAUCGGCCGCAUCGUCGUAGACGAGAGCUUUUGCGUUCCGAACUACCCCAACAUCCGCGCGAUCGGCGACCUCAUCCAGGGUCCGAUGCUGGCGCACAAGGCCGAGGAGGAAGGCAUUGCGUGCGUCGAGAUGAUCGCGGGAGUGGGCGAAGGCCACGUGAACUACAGCACUAUUCCCUCUGUCAUCUACACGCACCCUGAAAUCGCUGGCGUCGGCAAAACUGAGGAGGAGCUCAAGUCGAGCGGUGUGGCGUACAAGAAGGGCUCCUUCCCGUUCGCGGCCAACAGCCGUGCGCGUGCUAACGACGUUGUGCAAGGUUUCGUGAAGAUUCUGACUGACAAGGAGACCGACAAGAUCCUCGGCGCGUGGAUCAUGGGCCCUGAGGCAGGCGAGCUGAUUGCUCAGCUCGUGUUGGGCAUGGAGUAUGGCGCGGCAGCGGAGGACCUCGGCCGGACGUGCGUGUCGCACCCGACGCUCUCGGAGGCGGUGAAGGAGGCUUGCAUGGCUUGCUACGACAAGCCAAUUCACAUCGCCUAA